ACUUGCUGGAACCGGGGGUGGAGCAAUUAGGGUUCAUACAAUCGGCGCCUCUUUCACUGUUUUCCGAAAUUAGGGUUUCUUAGACGCAGAGAGAGGAAAAUGGGUCACUCCAACAUCUGGAACUCGCAUCCCAAAAACUACGGCCCUGGCUCACGCACUUGCCGUGUGUGCGGAAAUCCUCAUGGGUUGAUUCGGAAGUAUGGGCUGAUGUGCUGCAGGCAGUGCUUCCGCAGCAACGCCAAGGAAAUUGGCUUCAUCAAGUACCGUUAAUGAUGUGACUCUGUCCAAGUCUUGAAGUGAAGAGCUCUACAGAUGGAAUUAGCUGAAAUGACUGGAGGGCUUGUGCAUUUUGAGAUAAACAGCUGGUCUAAUUUUGAUCUUUCUUGAUUUUCUCUCCGUAGACAUAUUAUUUAUGUUGAUUUUCUAUGACUAGUGUCUCAAGCUUUAACUAGUUGUAUGUCAAUUUUUGGUGCUGAUGUUGUGGGACGCAAACUUCUUCGGCAUCUCUGGCAAUGUUAACUCAAAGAAUGCAGGAGUUUCAGAUGUUUUUGCCAAUCCUAAUGUCAAACUUGGCCUGUUGGCAUGAAACUCUAUGGUUAGUAUCAGCACUAUGUGACAAUCAAAACGAUCGCCAUUUACCGUACAGGGUAAAAGAAA